GCAAUACCAAGACUUCUCUUUAACAGUAUGGACGGUGUUUUUGCAAUUAACAAGCCUACUGGAAUUUCCUCUGCACAGUUUGUGGCCAAGAUUCAGCAUAUCUUCACUGCUUCCAAAUGCUUCUCUAAGCAAAUAGAAGUUGAGCGCCAGAAGCUCCUCCAUGAAGGCUGUAGUGCUGGUGCCAAGAAGAAGGCCCGCAAUAUGAAGGUUAAGAUGGGCCAUGGUGGUACUUUAGAUCCUCUUGCAUCCGGUAUUUUAAUCAUUGGUGUGAACAAAGGUACUAAAAAGUUGCAAGACUUCUUGAAUGGUUCGGUCAAGACCUAUGAAACCGAGGCGUUGUUAGGUGCCAGCACCACCACCGGUGAUUGCGAGGGUGAGAUUGUCUCUUUCAACGCUACCUCCCAUAUCACCAAAGAGCAAGUCUUAGCUACCAGAGAGAAGUUUGUCGGUGAGCUCACCCAGACCCCACCUAUCUUCUCGGCAUUGAAGAUGGACGGGAAGCCGUUGUACGAAUACGUCCGCGAGGGAAAGCCAUUACCAAGACCUAUUGCGUCCCGUCAGGUCCAGAUAUACGACAUGCAAUUCUUCGAAGACGACAUGUUGACCACAGACCACUCCUACGAGUUGUUGAAGGGCACUAACGACCUUGCAGAGAAGAUUCGCAACAAUCCAACGUUGGAAGAUGAUAAAUUGCAUUUCUCUGCAGAAUACUUAGCGAAGGCUGCGGCUGAGGGCUUGCCCGUUGAAGCUGAGAAGCAGUUCCCAUCGGAAGGCAAAGAAAAUGAAGAAGGCUACAAGGCUCCAUUGAUCCACUUCACUGCCAAAGUAGGCUCCGGUACUUACAUUCGUUCCCUCAUCUCUGAUGUUGGAAAGGCCUUGCAGUCCUCAUCCUAUAUGGUCAAGUUGAUUAGAACCGAGCAAGCUGACUGGAAAAUGAACCAGAACGUUUUGGAGUUGGAAGAUCUUGUCGACAACGAUGAGGUCUUCUGGUCUAGGGUCGUGAAGAGAAUCCUUGAUACGGAAGAUGCCUCUACCAUUAUUCUCAAAGAUAUUUUUGACCAGGUCCGUGUUGAGGUUGCGGCCCUCCCAGAGAAAGAGGGACCCCUGGAGCUAGCUCCUGUAGUUGAAGCUGCGCCAAUUACAGUUACUUCUGGGCAAGGAAUCGACAGGCCAAUUUUCGAAGAAAAAGCUACUGAAGAGCAUGACUCAAAGAGACCAAAGCUUGAAUAAUCUAAGUACACUUUAUAGCGGGGUUAAAAUCAUGAGCAAUUAAAUGCUAUAUUGUUGUUUUUCUAUUGACUCCAUUAUUGAUUAGUGUUAUAGUUAUAUAUGUACAAUAUUCUUUAAACUCAUACCCACGGUAUGAAUAUCUAAAGUUUAUUGGAUUCGCCAAAUAGUUCAGCUUACGGUGGGAGGACAUAAUCACUUCAUGUUUAUUCUAUAAAAAAUUCAAAGGGCAUACCUUGCAAGCUCCCCUGAGGCAAGCAAAAGUUAUCCUAAAAUCUGUACCAUGGAAAAUUAAAGCCAGACGGCAUCGCCAUGGUA